AUGGCUAAACAUCCCAAUGUGGAAGUCAGUGUUUUCUUACCUCGGUGUAGUGAGGAGGACAAGAAAGAUGCGGAUAGUUACAAUGUUAAACUCAUUGAAGCAGUUAAACUGCCUGGUUUAAAACCAGUUCUUUGGCUAGCCUCUGUACCUGAUGGCCAUGCUAUGGAUUGUGUAGUAGGACAUGGAGUAGCUCUUGGUCAGCAAAUUCCACUCUUAAAGAAAAAUCCAAAUUACAGUCAUUGCAAAUGGAUUCAAGUUGUCCAUACUGCCCCUGAAGAAAUUGGCAUGUACAAAAACAUUUCUGAAGGUCAACAAAUGCAGCAAACAGAGAUAGAACUAUGUGAAAUGGCUGAUCAAGUUGUAACAAUUGGCCUCAAACUAACUGAAGCAUAUAAGAACCAACUCGGAAAAAAAGAUGUUUUUAACCUGACGCCAAGCAUUCUCUCUGAAUUUUCAGAUGUGCAGCAAGCUAGUGAUGAAAGAAGAACAUUUUGUGCCUUGGUUAUUGAGAGUGGUGAUAGUGAAGAUUUUGAUGUUAAAGGAUACAAAAUUGCAGCAAAAGCUAUUGCUAACCUGAAGGAUAAAUCAUACCAACUCAAGUUUGCUUCUAAACAGAGUGGAAAAGAAGAUGAAUUAAAACACAAGUUACUUCAGUGUGGUAUUGAUCAUAAUCAGCUAAUUAUCUGCAGCUUUGAUGAAAACAGGAAAACGUUAGCUAACUUAUUCUCUAUGGUGGAUAUUGUUCUAUUGCCCUCAAAAACUGAGGGAUUUGGGUUGAGUGCUCUCAAAGCCAUAUCUGCUGGUCUUCCAGUACUUGUCAGUGGUAACUCAGGAAUUGCAGAAGCCUUAAGGGAGGUGCCUAAUGGGUCCCAGUGUAUAGUGGAUUCAGAGGAUCCUGCAGACUGGGCCAGAGCAAUAAAAGUUGUGCGUAACAAAAAAAGGAAUGUACGACUUGCAGAGGCUGAGAUUCUCCGUGGAAACUAUUUGCAGCAGUUCAGCUGGGAGGAGCAUUGUGAUUUCCUUGUUACAAAGAUGUGCAAUCUAGCAUUUGGUAAGUUUUAUCACCUUGCAUCAGAAAUGCAGAAGUUUUAAUCAAAUUUUAAAUAACGACAAAGCUCACAUGUUUUGUGUUAAAUAUUCAAUUUACAGGGUAGCAGUUGUUUUUAAUGUGUGACAACACUGUAAAGACUCAUCAUGACAGUCGAUCAGAUUAUUUUAAGAAAACUUGACUUUAUAGACAAGACCUUUAUUAAAAAAACAAUUCUUUUUAUUUCCGACAAAGUUUAUGAGGAUCUCAAGGCGAAGAAAGCAAGGUAAACAUCGCUAUUAAUCAAAAAAACUUUAGACGCGAACGAGUUAUUGUGUGACAACGACACUGUAAAGACUUCUCUUGUCACUCGGUCAGAUUUUUAAAAAAAGACGACUUUCUAAACAAGAUCUUUCGCAAAAUAAAACAACAUUUUAUUUCCAACAAAGUUUAUAGGGAUUUCAAGGCGAAUAAAGCAAGGUGAAUAUCGCCAAUGACCAAAAAAGCUUUAGGCGCGAACGAGUUAUUGUGUGACAACCAUAACAACCAGGCGGAACGACAUGUUUUUUUAACUUUAAAGAAUGAUUUAUUCAUGAUCGAGCAUGUUUGAUUUACGAUACGAUUUGAUAUAUUAUAAAGAUCAAGUGAACAUUUGAAAGCUAUACAUAUCAUGCAAUUAUUCUGCUCUUGAAGGUCCGUGUAAUCUCGACAUCGAUUUCAAUAAUUGGGCCGCUCUCUUUUCACCAUUCUCAUAUUUCUCACAACAACUCGUUUGUGUCUAAACCUUUUUUGGUCCUUGGCGAUGUUCACCUUGCUUUAUUCGCCUUAGGAUCCUUGUAAACUUUGUUGAAAAUAAAAAUAAUUGGUUUUUCUAGAGAUCUUGUCUAUAAAGCCAAGUUUUUUUUAAAAAAUAUGACCGAUUGACAUGAUGAAUUUCUACAGUGUUGUUGUCACACAAUAAUUAUUUCGUUCGCGUCUGAAGCUUUUACAUUCAUUGGCGAUGUUUACAUUGCUUUAUUCGCUAUGAGAUCCUUAAAAACUUUGUUGGAAGGAAACAAAACUGUUUUUUCACUAAACAUCUUUUACUUUUCUGUAUGUUUAACUUCUAAUAAGUUGUACUGGAUUGAAGACUAACUCGCCGACGUCUCUACUCGAUUUUAUACGUCAGCGAGUUGGAGUUGGCGAGUUGAACCGUCAGCGACUUGACUGCAAUUCAUUUUGAUUUUCUCUCUGUUAGAGGAACAGCAGUAGGCUUGGUUUCUUUUGUAUCUGUUAUUUAGUCUUGUCACGCAACGCACUCUCUCUCAGGAAAUAGAGGGCGUUGUGUGGUGAGACCAAACAACAACUGCAAAGGAGAAUACAGUAAGUGUGGCACUAAUUCAUUUUAUUUUUGCCUAGAAGUAUUUGAACAAUAGAGAAAAUGGAUCAUAAAAUACAUGACAUGGUGUGACUUUAGUUAAACUAGGUUUUAUUUUCUUUCUUUUAAGGUGAAGGAAUGCAAUAUUUUUGUUCCUUGAAAAGUUAUGCUCUUUUUCUGACUUACAUAAAUGAAAACAUUAAGUACACAUUUAGUGUCCCAUCUUGACCCACCCAGCCAAAAAAAUAACUUGGGCAUGCUAGGCAUGCCCAUGUUUCACCUUAGCUAAGUCUGUUUAGAUAUUUCCAUGUUUGAAACUGUAAUCUUUUAGAUCAAUCAGAAUUUUGAUUCUACCAUGGAAUGAGGUAAAGAAGCAAAUUAAAGAAACUGAAACUGAAACAAUUUAUAUACUGUAUGUGGUAAUCAUUUUUAUUUCAUUAAAUCAUUGUUGGUAUUUAUUCAUUGGUAACAAGCUCUAUGUUUGAUUGGUGUUGCCUCAUUGUAAUGUUCUCAAAUUUUAAUGAUUAAUUAGGUAAGAGGUGAAAAAACCUUGAUAUAUUAGGAUUAAAUUUGACUGUUACAAUUUAACAGGUGGUGAAAUGAAUAUUAAGGUUGAUGUGGAUGACUUGAAACCUGAAGAACAGAAUAUGCAGACUGGCAUGUUGGCAACAGAGUCUGUCAGAUGCCAAGAAGUUCAGCAGCCAAUGGCAUCUGCUACAUUAACUGCAUCUGGAAGUGUGUCCUAUUCAAAGAAAGAUCAUCUCAAGGCCUUUGAAAAGGAAAUCUUUCUAUUAAUUGUGCAAAAUUAUCUCCAGACCACACCACCACAGUCCCCUGAAGAGCACAACAGGUUCAAGGAAUACAUGAAAGAAAUGAAGCUCAUCAUUUCUGAUACCUCUGUAGGAAGUUUAGUGAUAACAGUGAAGUGUGAAUCUCUAAUGAUCUUGGAGGAGUUGUGGACAGAUUACUCAUCUGGUCAUCUUGGUGAAGUGGUUCAGAAUUGUUUUGUAACUGAGAAGAUCUUGAAGGAACUGAACCUGGCUGAGCUGAGGCUGAAGACAACAAUGGACAUAGAAGAGUACAAUGCAUGCAAAAUGUUCUUUGAGAAAGAUGCUCUUAGAGGUUGGUAGAAAGAAUGUAACAAGGCCUGGUCCUAUCUUAAAAUAUUUAUAAAGGUUUUUGAGUGAAAUCCAUCAGUCUUUCAACAUAUGGAGUAUAGUAGGGUACAUGUCUUGAGGGGAUGGAUCUAGUUUUUGAUCAAGAUUGAUGGAACUUGUCUUGACCAUGAAUAAACUUAUGCUGACCACAACAUGUAAACCAUGCCAGUGCAAGAUGUAAUUUGUUUGUAAAGACAUUUCAUUUGAUGUUUGUUUUUCUCAAACAUCUCCAGUAACCUGUUAUCUUUUCUAUUGAGACACGAGGCUUGAUAUUUUCCUCUCUAUAGGGUUGUAUUUUUCUUUUCUUAAUUUAUUAGAUUACAUAUAUUUAAUAACAAAAGAUUAAUCAGCAAGCUUUAUGUUGGAGGGGUUAUGAAAGAAAAUUUGAUUAGUUUUUGUAUGUAGGGUGUUUUUAAAAAAAGUUUGAGGUAUGUCUAUGGUUUGAAAUGUUUGUCUUCUUGUAAAUCUGAUUUAGGUGCUUUAUCCUCUGAAUUCUACUCCACAGGUUCAACCAGUGAAAGUCCACAAAAAAAAGAACAAUGGGAAAAAAGUGAAAGGAAGACAAAGAUUAUGGAGACAGCAAAGUUGGAAGGUGAAAGGAAAUUGAAAAAAAUUGUAUUUAAUUUAAUUAGCUGUUAUGGAAAGCUGAUGCAAACAGUAAUAACAAUUAUAUGAUGCAUGUCUGAAGAAUUGGCUCCAUGCAAUAAUGUGGCAUCAGUUAAUUAAUAUAAUUGUAUACAGUUCCACUAAUGAGAACAAAACAUUUAAAGAGUAGCUGUAAAUGGUAAUCUCUCUCUGCUUUUUUCACCCUUGGGUACUUCACCCCUCACUGUAGUACCCACUACUGGUUAUGGAAAAGAAUUAGAAGAACCACGGGGAAGGAAAGGUGAAUGGGAUGCUCUGUUUGAACCCAUUUCUAAAGUUAAUGUAAUUAAAACAUGUUGCUCAUUAUGUUCAGCUAUUAAUCCAAGUGGAAAGUUUUAUUUUAUUGAAAGUUAUUGACUAUUUAAGGUUCUUCAUGUCGGUUGAGUUUUUCCAUUUGUUAUUGGGAAAAAAACCCACUUUUAUGUGGAUUUAGUUGAUCUACCCUUAAAACUGACAUCAAACCACCUUGAAAUGAAUAAAAAGAUGUAGGGCUUACUACUUUCAGUUGUUUUUGCUGACAUGUUUAGCAUGAGUUCCAGUUUGGGUUCAGUUCCCCAGAUAUGGUCCAAAAGAAAAAGAAAACAACAUAGCAAAUCACUGACUUGUUGUAUUGAAGCGUUGAUAUUGAAGAAGUGGAAGAAUUCAUAGGUGCAUAAAUUGGCCAAAAAAGUUGUAGGAAUGAAGCUAUGAAACUUCAGGAAAAGGGAGGAGAAAUGAAACAAUAACCUAUAUGUGGUUUUAGUCAUCUUUUAAAAUAGAAAUUAAUAUUAUUAAUGAGCAAGAAUGCUUCUGUCAGCAAUUAUGAAAAAUGAUACUUGUCAAUGCAAAUUAUUUCAAAUGUGUUUUUGCCUCACUCUCUUCUCUAGUUAAAGGUACUGUUGAGUUUCCAGGUAAUAAUGAAACAUUACUUACAUAUAGACUGAAUGCUUUUUUAGUUGUUUUUAACAGCUUCUUUUUCGGGUUUAAAGCAUCUUUGUUUAAAUAAAGGCAAUCUUCAGUGAACAUGUACCUACUGGUAUCUUUAAAUACAAGUUGUACGCCUGUUUCUAACUAUUUAUCUGUAGAAAUGCCUAUCUCUCACUGUAUACCUUUGCUUUUAGGCAUGUUGCCUCUUCCUGGAUCUUCCACCUUUGAUCCUGAAGAAGAACUAGUAGAGCCACGUUUGAAACGUCAAAGAAUGGAAGGUGAAUAAAAAGAUGCUGUUAAAUUAACUUUGAUGGUAAAACUAAACUAAGAAUGCUUUUAAAUACAUUUAUUUCUCAUUCAAAUUUUUUUUUUUAAAGGAAAUUACACCCAGUUUAGUUUUCCCUCACUCUGUGUUUUACCAUAAGGGAAUAUUAAGAUGGCAGACUGGCUGGGGUUGGUGAAACAGUAUAUAAUGAUAAACUAGGUCUUUUUAACGUUGGUCUCAAUUAUGCCUUAAAAAGCUGACAGUUAUAUAGUACAGGUAGAUUUUGUACAUUGUUUACAAUCUAUUAAUUACAUGUUGGGUUGACCUGUUAUCAUGUUACUAUUAAAAGUAACACCAUGAAUUCCUCUUUGUACUUUUCCCCUUAAGGUUGACUCCCAUUGCUGUGGACACCCUCAGGGGGGGAUUUAGUGUCUGUAGUAGCAAAAAGUUUGUAAUAAUGGGGUACAAGAGAAAUGAACAUUUGUUUUGUUUCUUAACAUAUGAAAUAUAGUUUCCACAAACCGGAAAAAGAUCUGGCUGUAAGCAGAAAAUUUCAUAUGUUCACACCCAAUUGAAGAAUGGUUUCUUUAUUUCCCUUUUUCAUAAUGUCGGUUCAUAGUAUGCUAGUCAUGAUUUUGGAAAAAGUAAAUAAGUGUCUGUUACAGCAAGAGAAAAAACAAGUGAAAAGUCAUGCUGGGGGUAAGGAAAGAGUCUGCAUCAUUGCAAUAGCAAGAGUCUGUUAUAGAGGGAAUGUAUUUCAGUCAUUUCUGUAUGUGUUUCUCCAGGGGCUGGCUCUUGUCUACAGUGGCAAAGUGUCUGUAAUAAUGAGGUGAUCGCAGGGCUAGAGUCAAUUGUAGAUUAAUCCAAAUUUGGCAUUGUCUCAUUCUCUACUUUAGCUAAAGAUGGUAUUGAGUUGGCAUGCAUAAUAGUUGUUUCAAACAAUGAUCAUUGGAGUUAUAAUGGAGAACUAAGACUAUUUAACUUUAACAUGACUAUAAUUUGCUGUUUGCACAGGUAUACCUGUUGUUAUCUUUUCUGUGUUAAGUAAGCAACUGAAUUUUGAAAAGCUCUGUAUACCUUUGCUCCCAGGUUCUUCAUCUCCUCCUCUUCUUUCCACCACUGAUCUCGAAGAAAAGCUAGGGAGAGUAUGUGUGCACCUUAAGAUUAAGUGAUCAUAUAAAACGACCUCUUGUUGCAGCGUUUAGAUCACCCCUAGACAGGAACUAGACAGGAGUGUCGAAACGUUGGGUCUAUGAAUUGUAACUUCUUCGGUUACAUUCAUUAAAUCUGCAAACCAGAGUAGCAUCAAACUAUGUCUGAUUGUCCACCUGGUUGCCGUGUGAACUUUAAUAUAUUUUAAAGGCACAUGAGUUGCGCAUUUUUUUCGAUCGUGCGCGCAAAACAAUCGUAUAUGUGCGCCUGACUUCCGUGUGUCUGAGCGUAUGUAAUUCGUCUUCGCAGUUAACAUAUACGCGAGGGGUACUGUAUCAUUCAUAACACUGAGAGACCACAAACCGAACUUCAAACCGACCUGCCGACUAGUCAACCCCACCAAAUCCGAGAUGGGCAGAAUCAGCAAAACAAUCCUCGACAGAAUCGACGGCAUCUGUGAUCGAGUGGUUUAAAGCCAUUAAAAACAAAAAUACACCACAGUUUUAUUUGCUUUGACAUCGAAGAACUCUAUCCCUCCAUCAGCCAAGACCUCCUGAACAGAGUACUCGACUUAGCUUCAGCCUACGACAUCACCAACGACGAAGAAACAUCAUGUAACACAUGCAAAACAUUCGAUCCUUAUGCACAAACAGCAACCUUGGCAAAAGAAGGUCGAUACAACAUUUGACGUCCCAACGAGCAGCUACGACAGUGCUGAAACAUGCGAGCUUGUAGGAAGCCUUUCCUCCUUUCCCAACUGCCACACUGAGAGAAACAGACAACAGAAAAUAUGCCGAGGUUCUUUCGACGAGGCGUCGUAGGAAGUUGUUCCGUGAUGGUAGAGGUAUAUUGAACCAUCGCAAACUGAUUUCUCACAACGCUUCGUCGAAAAAAAUCGAGCAGUUUCUUCGCAGAAUGCACUGGAAAGCUUGCUUCUUCUUCAACCCUGAUACGGCCACUCACUGCGAAGACACACACACGACUUCAAGUCUAGCAAGAACCCCCCUCGGAUCGACUAGUUAAAGGAAUUUGAAGAUGACAUGCUAAAGAUGAUAUUUACGAAACAUUUUAAACAUGUAGACUGAACAGUUUUCAGUUUUUCUCAACAGUUUUUUUUCGGUUUUAGAGCAUUUUUGUUCAAAUAAAGGUAAUCUACUUUUACUUUUAAAAAAGUGAAAAUCAAACAUUUUCAACACCAGGUAAUCAUCACCAUGAAGACUAAAUAUCUUAGCCAUGUAAAUAGCUCAGUGGCAUUAAAUGUUUUAAUAUUUUUUCCAGUAAAUAUUUUUAAGAUAAAUUAGUCCCUUUCUGAUAUAUUAACCUUUUCCUGUCUUUAUUUUCAUCCAUAAAUACUGUUUAAUGCUCUCAGCUGUUAUUCAGUAGCCUAGUUUUGGUCAGUAAUAUAUUUUCAAUUCAGUUUUGCCUCUAAAUCCAUAACUUCAGUUAGAGGUAGUAUUAAAUUGGCUGUGGCAUGUGAUAAUGAAGCAAUACUUAAAGAUAGCUUAUCUCAUUGUUCUCUCCCUUGACCUCAAUACAUGUUAGUAUGCCUUUACUUUUUAUAUCAGGUUAGGAACUAAGUGCUAAAUAUAUUUAUGUGUACCUUUGCUCUCAGGUAGUUUUCCUGUCCUUAAAUUUUCAACCAUUAAUCUUGAGGGAACACUAGCACAUGUGAGGGUGGAGCUUCAGAGACUGGAAGGUGAAUACAAAAUGUUUAUUGAUUCACUAUCAUAGAGAAAUAAAUCCAAGAAUGCUAUUAGAGGCUUUCAUCCCUGUAUCGAAGUAUCACUUUUCAAGGGAAAUUAUUCUUUAUUUAAAAGAACCUGGUAUCUGAUUUUAUUACUAUUGAUGAAUGCUUCCACUCCUUAUUCAAAUAAUACAUUUUCAUGGGAAACUAUUCCCUAGUAAAGAUUAUCCCACUUCCUUUGUAGUUAUUAAGCGAGAUUGCUGUCCUAUACUUUCAGGUAUUAUGUAAAGUGUUACCUUUUAUAUGAGUUUUUUCUUAAUUUAGUUUUCGUUAUUCUGUGCUGUGGCAAAAGGGAGUAUUAAGUUGGCUGUGGCUUAUUAUGAUGACACACUUUUUCGAAAUGGUUGAAUUCAACAAUGACCAUAGGAGAUUAAUCAGAAAACUGACACUAUAACUGUGCCAUUACAUGACCCCAACACAAUGUACAGUGCUAGUUGAAUGCCUGUUUUUAGUCAUUUAUGUAAGGUAAGGUGCUGAAUGCUAAAUACAGUGUAUCCUUCUGUUUACCUUUCCUAUCAGGUACUUUUUUCCCCCCUGCACUCUUAAAUGCUGAUCUUGAAGAAAAACUAAAAAAACUACUCACAGAACUUGAGAGACAAAGAGAUACAGGUGAGUGAAACAUGCGCAUUGGCUCCAUUCAACAGGGCAAAAGAAAUAUGGAAAGUGAUGCAAGGAAAUGGUUGCACUGGUAUUUUAGGCUUGUUUUUGUAAGUAACAAGCUGAAAGGUUUUAUUUUGUCAUAUAGGACUCCUAAUUAUAUUAUCUUCCCUCAAAUAUCUAAGUCCUGCAUGCAACUUGCAAAAGAUCACCACCACUCAUUACAUGUUGAAACAUGGAAUGAUCUGUAUUUACUCCAUAUUUAAGAUAAACCCCUCCUCUUGUUUAAUGCUAUCAACCAAGAAUGCUCUUAAAUGCUUUAUACCAUUUUGCUUCCUUCUCUCAGGUAGUUUACCUCCCACUUUUUCCACCAUUGAAGUAGAAGUAGAACUAGACGAACGACUCAAGAAAUUUCAGAAAUGGCGGAUAGAAGGUGAAUAAAUAAUGCACAUUUAGAGAGAAAAUAAUUGUAGUAGAAUGCUAUUAAAAUAUUUCCAGUUCCUUGUAGAAUUACAUUACCGCUCGUGUAGACAUUAACCAUAAAACGCGAAUAAAACGCGCCAAAAAUAGCAUGCAAAUGCGAAUUUAAAAAAAAUGUGCGCGUCAAAAAAUCGCACGUGCGCGCAUAAGCUUGAUACGUUUACCUAGUUAGUAGAUAUGAGGUAAUCCUUUUGUUUUUCUAUUGUUGGCGGUUUACCGUUUUAAAGAAUAGGCUAAAUAGAAAAACGAAUAGGAAAAAAUAGAAAAUAGAAAUAAUAGAAUAGAAAAACAAAAGGAUUACCUCAUAUAUUCUAAAGAGGCAGACGUAUCAAGCUUAUGCGCGCACGUGCGAUUUUUUGACGUGCAUAUUUUUUUAAAUUCGCAAUUUCAUGCUAUUUUUGGCUACAAUGUAACAGGAUUUAAAUACUACACUGCUACCAACGACAAGAAAACUUGUUCGUUUCAAUCACCGUUCUAACCGACCUUCCCGAUAUGCUGUUACAAACUACUGCGACUUCGUAAUCGGAAUAUGUGAAUGAUUUAUCAUUUUUCAAUGAAAUUCUGUUAUCAAAAUUUGUCACUUCGUAUUAAAAAAACAUCCGUCACAACGGCUUCAGAAUUCGUUCUCAGUGUAUUGUAAUUCCGUAGAAUCAGCUAAAGCGUCUGUUUGUUACCAGCAAUGCAAACCCACGCGUGAAUGUUUAUUUCAUAGCUUUAUCAUCGGUGAACAUGCUAUUCUCGAAAACUGGUUUAGUCAUCGCGCCAUUUAUUCAAAAACUUAUAAGUUCUACUAGUUUAUUUUAAUCGUAUUGUGUUACAGUAUGGUUACCUGUCACGACUAUGUCUUGUUCUUACUCAUAUGCAUAUUUUUAUUGGAAACCGGAUUUGCUUCUUGUUUUAAUAUUUGUAAAAUCAUCGAGCGAUGUUCACCAAAUUGCUCAUAAAAGGGAAGGGAAAAUUUAAAUGCAGGAUACAUUUAGUUCAAGUUUGUAUAAGACUCGCAGACGAGUGCAAUUGGACAAAACAUCAAAACAGCGAUACUUAUGUCUGUCAACACGGUAAUCCAGGACUUUUGGAAAAUUGGUGGCUCCUAAAGGAGCCGUUUUUUCAUCAAAGGAAGCUGUUACUAGGCUCUUCCUUCGCGUUAGACUACAGUAGAAAUAACUUUUAGGAGGUGGCUAAUGUAUUUACAGCACUUAGCAGCAGUCCCAGAGUCCCUGAACCGAUGGAUGCCCGCGACAAGUUCGUCCUUGUUAGUUGGCUUGACAACGCUACGCAAGAGAAGGUUUUUUAGUUCGUGUCAGGGGAGCUUUAAAGGAUUCAUGUCCAGGCUUUCAGCAGGAGUAGCCAGUAUUUUAUGUUAUUAUCUUCGAAUCUUCGUCAUUGACAUUGCGAUUUACUAUAACUUGACCUUUCAUUGUUGUAAUAUAUUGCGCUCCGCAACCAAACAAAUCAUCACGUGCGAUGCGAAAUGAAACCGUUUACAUUUCUGUGCGUAAACGCUGAAGCGAGCGCCGAUUGCAACUAAAUAAAAUGAAACAUCAUUCACAAUCUUAAAUGGUAUUGCUUUUGAUCCUCAUCGAAGGUGGUUGAGGUAUUAAAGUUCGAAGUUUCGAAGAAAUCAUCACCAGCGAUGCGAACACCAAAUAGUUUACAUUCCGCUGCGUAAACAUUCAAGGGAACGCUAAUCGCAAUGAAAAAUUGGGAAGCAAUAGUAGUGAGUAUUUGCUUUGAUAAAUUCGCGAACCGAUGCGACAUGCGUCAGUGUAACAUCACAGCUUUUUUCGUUACGUAAGUUUUCCGUUGUCGACUCGUCGCAUUUUCAAACCUAAAAGUUCUUUGUUUUACACAACGAUAAAAUACAAAGGAAAUUUAUAGCACUGAAUAACAAAGGCACAUGAGUCGUGCAUUUUUUCGACCGUGCGCGCAAAACAAUCGUAUAUGCGCGUCUGAGUCUGAGCGUACAUAAUUCGUCUGCGCAGUUAACAUAUACGCAAGCGGUACUGUUAAAUUUUUUCCACAGAACUCCUGCAUAUGCAGCCUUCUACUGCAGUAAUUAUUAACAAUUGCUAUGCUCAUUGGGGGCCUUAUACAUCAGUUAUGUUCCUCCAUUGGUACCCAGCACUUAGAUGGAGACUGUUUUCACGAGUGGUAAAUCCUGGCAACCCAGCCAUCAGCCGUCAUGUAGUAAGGAGAAAACCUCCUAUUGCACUAGAAAAUAAAAAUUGUAGAAGAAGAGAAACAAAAUACCAGGGAAAAGUGAAUUUCUUCGUAGUGCAUGUUAAAAAAAAAUAUCUGGCUUCUUAGGAUAAGCUCAUUCUGGUCCUGGAAACUUUCAAAUUUUGGUACACAUGCAAAAUUACAGGUACUGUUUCAUGUUAUGCACAGUUUGCGUGGUGCGCGCGUGCAGUGGUUUAGAUCUGCGCAAGUGUCAAGUGCACAGUAUUGUAGUGGAUACUACUCCGGCAUUUUAUCAGAUUGCCAAGGCGUUUUUAAUUGUAUCCAUUUACACCCUUCAGUUUGUUAAGGCACUGCAAACUUUAUUGUCCAGGUCAAAGGCAGAACACAGUGUUCACAUGCAGUUUUUAACUUGGAUUUUGUUAAUUGAACGUUGAAGAGCCUUUGUGGAAGCUACCAUAGAGUUACAAUAAUCACAUGUGCUACCUGAUGUUAUUAACUUUACCUUAUACUAUCGCUGGCCAUACCUGUGGGUAGUAUGAAGAGAAUCCUGUGAUCAUGUGUUACUCAAUGUUUUUCAGGUGGCAGCGUACCUUCCAACAGCAGAUACAUUUUACGUGAAGGUAAUCUACAGUGUACAUGUACCUAGUAGUAUCUUUAAAUGCAAGUUAGUAUGCCUUUUCCCAACUAUUAAUUAGUAGAAAUGGUAAUAUCUCUCUACAUACCUUAUGGUUAAAAAUGUUUGUCCUCUUGUAGAUCGGAUUUUAGCUGCUUCAUUCUCUUUAUUCCGCUCCACAAGUUCAACCAGUGAAAGUCCACAAAAAAAAGAACAAUGGGAAAAAAGUGAACAGAAGACAAAGAUUAUGGAGACAGCGAAAUUGGAAGGUGAAAAGGAAAUUCAAAAAACUUGUAUUGAGUUAAAUGAAAAACUGUUGUGAACAGUAAUAACGGUUUUGUUAUAAAUACUUGAAGAAUUAUCUUAGUGCAAUGAUGUGGCAUCAAUUAAUUAAUAUAAUUGUACACAGUUCCAGUUAUGAGAACAAAACAUUUGUAGAGAAGCUGUGAAUGCUAAUCUCUCUCUGCAUUUUUGCCCUUAGGUACUUUACCCCUCAUUGUGGUACCGACCACUGGUCAUGGAAAAGAACCAGAAGAACGUUGGAGAAGGAAAGGUGAACAGGAUGCUCAGUUUGAACUUAUUUUUGAAGUUAAUGUCAUUGAAACAUGUUGCUCAUUAUGUUCAGCUACUACCAGUAAGCCAAGUAAAAAGUUGUAUUGUAUUGCAAGUUAUCAACUAUUUAAUUUUCUUCAUGUUUGUUAAGUUUUUCCCUUUGUUAUUAGGAAAAGUACCCGCUUUUAAGUGGAUUUAGUUGAUCUACCCUUAAAACUGAUAUCAAACCACCUUGAAAUGGAUAAAAAGAUGUGGGGCUUACUACUUUCAGUUGUUUUGCUGACGUGUUGAAGUCUAACAUGGGUUCCAGUUUGGGUUCAGAUCCCCCUGACAUGCUCCAAGAUAAAAAAGAAAACAACAUAGCAAAUCACUGACUUGUUGUACUGAUGCAUUGACAUUGAAGAAGUGAAAGAAUUCAUCCGUGUGUAAAUUGGCUUAAAAAGUUGUAGGAGUGAAGCCAUGAAACUUCAGGAAAAAAAAUGAGAAAUGAAAAAAGAACGUGAAUGUGGUUUUAGUCAUCUUUUACAAUAGAAAUUAAUGUUGUUAAUAAGCAAGAAUUCUUCUGUCAGCAAUUAUGAAAAAUGAUACUUGUCAAUGUAAAUUAUUUGAAAUGUGUUUCUGCCUCAUUCUCUUCUCUAGUUAAAGGUAGUGCCGAGUUUCCUUGCAAUAAAUUAAGAAAACGUUACAUACAUGUAGAGUGAUUACUUUUUCAGUUGUUCUCAAUAGUUUUUUCUUUCGGUUUUAAAGCUUCUGUUUUUAAAUGAAGGUAAUCUACAGUGUACAUGUACCUACUAGUAUCUUUAAAUGCAAGUUAGUAUGCCUUUUCCCAACUAUUAAUUAGUAGAAAUGGUAAUAUCUCUCUACAUACCUUAUGGUUAAAAAUGUUUGUCCUCUUGUAAAUCGGAUUGUAGCUGCUUCAUCCUCUGUAUUCCGCUCCACAAGUUCAACCAGUGAAAGUCCACAAAAAAAAGAACAAUGGGAAAAAAGUGAGCAGAAGACAAAGAUUAUGGAGACAGCGAAAUUGGAAGGUGAAAAGGAAAUUCAAAAAACUUGUAUUGAGUUAAAUGAAAAACUGUUGUGAACAGUAAUAACGGUUUUGUUAUAAGUACUUGAAGAAUUAUCUUAGUGCAAUGAUGUGGCAUCAAUUAAUUAAUAUAAUUGUACACAGUUCCAGUUAUGAGAACAAAACAUUUGUAGAGAAGCUGUGAAUGCUAAUCUCUCUCUGCAUUUUUGCCCUUAGGUACUUUACCCCUCAUUGUGGUACCGACCACUGGUCAUGGAAAAGAACCAGAAGAACGGUGGAGAAGGAAAGGUGAACAGGAUGCUCAGUUUGAACUUAUUUUUGAAGUUAAUGUCAUUGAAACAUGUUGCUCAUUAUGUUCAGCUACUACCAGUAAGCCAAGUAAAAAGUUGUAUUGUAUUGCAAGUUAUCAACUAUUUAAUUUUCUUCAUGUUUGUUAAGUUUUUCCCUUUGUUAUUAGGAAAAGUACCCGCUUUUAAGUGGAUUUAGUUGAUCUACCCUUAAAACUGAUAUCAAACCACCUUGAAAUGGAUAAAAAGAUGUGGGGCUUACUACUUUCAGUUGUUUUGCUGACGUGUUGAAGUCUAACAUGGGUUCCAGUUUGGGUUCAGAUCCCCCUGACAUGCUCCAAGAUAAAAAAGAAAACAACGUUGCAAAUCACUGACUUGUUGUACUGAUGCAUUGACAUUGAAGAAGUGAAAGAAUUCAUCCGUGUGUAAAUUGGCUUAAAAAGUUGUAGGAGUGAAGCCAUGAAACUUCAGGAAAAAAAAUGAGAAAUGAAAAAAGAACGUGAAUGUGGUUUUAGUCAUCUUUUACAAUAGAAAUUAAUGUUGUUAAUAAGCAAGAAUUCUUCUGUCAGCAAUUAUGAAAAAUGAUACUUGUCAAUGUAAAUUAUUUGAAAUGUGUUUCUGCCUCACUCUCUUCUCUAGUUAAAGGUAGUGCCGAGUUUCCUUGCAAUAAAUUAAGAAAACGUUACAUACAUGUAGAGUGAUUACUUUUUCAGUUGUUCUCAAUAGUUUUUUCUUUCGGUUUUAAAGCUUCUGUUUUUAAAUAAAGGUAAUCUACAGUGUACUUGUACCUAGUAGUAUCUUUAAAUGCAAGUUGGUAUGCCUUUUCCCAACUAUUAAUUAGUAGAAAUGGUAAUAUCUCUCUACAUACCUUUGUUUAUAGGCAUGUUGCCUCUUCCUGGAUCUUCCAUCUUUGAUCUUCAAGAAAAACUAGAAGAGCUACUUAUGAAACUUCAAAUAAUGAAAGGUGAAUAAAAAUAUGCUGUUAAAUUAAAUUUCAUGGUAAAACUAAACCAAGAAUGCUUUUAAAUACAUGUAGUUCUCAUUCAAAAUAUUUUUUGAAAGGAAAUUUCACCCAAUUUAGUUUUCCCUCACUCUGUGUUUUGCUAGAAGGGGAUAUUAAGAUGGUAGAGGCUGAGGAUGGUGAAACAGUAUAUAAUGAUAAACUAAGUUUUUUCGGUGUUGAUCUUAAAUUACGUCUAAAACAACUGAAAAUUAUGUAGUUUAGAUUGAUUUUGUACAUCGUAUACAAUCAGUUAAUCGCAUGUUGGUUUGACCUGUUAUCAUACCACUACUAAAAGUAACACCAUGAGUUGCACUUUGUACCUUACCCCUUAGGGUUGACUCCCAUUACUACGGACACCCUAGCGGGGAGAUUUAGCGUCUGUAAUAGCGAAGAGUCUGUAAAGUUUCUGACGUGGCCUCACCAACGAGAAAAAUAUUGGGCCGCAAGCAGGAAAUUCUCAUGUUCACACCCUUUUAAAGAAUGGUUUCUUUAUUUUUCUUUUUCAUAAUGUCGCUUUAUAGUAUGUUUGUCAGGAUUUUGGAUGAAGCAUGAAUUGUCUGUUAUAGCGAGAGAAAAAACAAGAGAAACGUCGUGCUGGGGUGCUUGCAAGUGUCUACAUUUCGGUAAAAGGAAGAGUCCAUUUUAAAGGGAAUUUAUUUCGUUUCUUCAUGCUUUUCCCUAGGGGCUGGCUCUUGUUUGCAGUGGCGAGGUGUCUGUAAUAGUGAGGGGUACGCAGGGCGAGAGUCAAUUGUAGAUUAAUUCAAAUUUGGCAUUGUUUCAUUCUCUACUUUAGCUUAAGAUGGUAUUGAGUCGGCAUGUAGUAAAAAGACAUAAUAGUUGUUUUCGACGAUGAUCAUGGAGUUAUAAUGAAGAUCUAACACUGUUUUACUUCAACAUGACUAUAAUUUCCUGUUUGCACAAGUAUAUCUGUUGUUAUCUUUUCUGUGUAAAGUCAGACACUGAAUUUUGAAAAGCUCUGUAUACCUUUGCUCUCAGGUUCUUCAUCUCUUCCCGUCACUGAUCUUAAGGAAAAGCUAGAGCAAGUAUUUGAGGAAAUUCGGAUGCUGAGAAUGAAAGGUGAAUAGAAAAAUUCAUAUCUCGUCAUUUUUAGAGAGAAACUGGUACAAGAAUGCUGAUAACUGUUCAUAAAGUUUGCUUAGGUUUAAAAAAUAAGCUAAAAUAUUGAAUAGGUAAAAACCAAACAUUUUCAAAACCAGGUCAUCAUCAGGGUGAUGAUGACCUAGUGUGGAAAAUGUUUGCUUUUAAAUUUUUUAAAAUAUUUUAGCCAUGUAAAUAACUCAGUGCUAUGAAAUGAAUUCAUAUUUUUCCAGUAACACUUUAAGAAAAAUUAUUCCCUAUCUGAGAUAUUAACGUUUUUCUUCCUUUACUUUCAUCCAAGAAUGCUGUGAAAUGCUCUCAGCUGUUAUUCAGUAACUUAGUUUUGUUAAGGAAAAUAUUUUCAAUUCAGUUUUGUCUCUUAAUCCACAACUUCAGUUAAAGGUAGUAUUAAAUUGGCUGUGGCAUGUGAUAAUGAAAUAUUACUUAUAGAUAGGUUAUCUCACAAUGAUAUAAUGGAAAACUUGCAUCAUUGUUCUUUCACUUGACCUCGAUACAUGUUAUCAUGCUUUAACUUUUUAUAUCAGGUGAGGCACUUAGUGCUAAAUAUAUUUCUGUGUACCUUUGUUCUCAGGUGGUUUUUCUGUCCUUGAAUUUUCAACCAUUGAUCUUAAGAAAAAACUAGCUGAACUAGGCAUGGAGCUUCAGAGGCUCAGAAUGGAAGGUGAAUAUAAAAUGUUUAUUGAUUCAUUAUCAGAGAGAAAUAAAUCCAAGAAUGCCGUUAAAGGCUUCCACCCCCGUAUCCAAUUAUCACUUUUGAAGGAAAAUUAUUCCUUAUUUAAAAUAAUCUGUUAUCUGAUUUUAUUACUAUUGAUGAAUGCUUCCACUCCUUAUUCAAAUUAUAAAUUUUCAAGGGAAACUAUUCCUUAGUAAAGAUGAUCCCUCUUCCUUUAUAAUUAUUAAGUGAGAUAGUUAUCUAAUACUUUCAGUUCUUCACAUGAGCCUAGUACAAUGUGAAGUGUUUGUUAAAUGCCUGUUUUUAACCAUUUAUGCGAGGUAAGGCACUGAAUGCUAAAUACAGUGUAUCUCUCUGUUUACCUUUCCUUUCAGGUACUUUGCCUCCCCCUGAACUCUUUACUGCUGAUCUUGAAGAUGAACUACAACAUCUUAUUAGGAUACUUGAACAAAGAGAAAGAGAGGAAGGUGAGUGAAACAUGCGUAUUAACUCUGUUGAAAAGGGCAAAAGAAAUAUGGACAGUAAUGUAAGGAAAAAAUUGCACUAGUAUUUCAGGCUUGGUUUUUUUAAGUAACAAGCUGAAAGGUGACACACACUUUCUUUUAGUUUGUUAUAAAGGACUCCUGUUAUUUUCUCUCCAAUACCUAAGCCCUGCAUGCAACUUGCAAAACAUCUGCGCUGCUCAUUACGUGUUGAAGCAUUGGAUAGUGUAUUUUCUCUAUAUUUAAGAUAACCCCUCUUCUUACACAAUGUUAUCAAUCAAGAAUGGUGUUUAAAAAUUCUUUAACCAUUUUGCUGUUUACUUCUUCUCUCAGGUAGUUCACGUUCCCUUUUUUCCACCUUUCAUACAGUACAUACACUACGCAAGGAACUUGAGAAAGUCAAGAUGGAAGGUGAAUAAAUAAUACACAUUUAGAGAAAAAACAAUUUUAGUAGAAUGCUAUUAAACGCUUCCACUUCUUUAUCGAAGUAUCUUUUUCCACGGAACUCCUGCACAUGCAGUCUUUUUCUGCAGUAAUUGUUUACAACUGCAAAGCUCAUUGGAGGCCUAAGAUAUAAGUUACGUUACUACAUUGGCACCCAGCACUUAGAUGGAGACUGUUUUCACGAGUGGUAAAUCCUGGCAACCCAGCCAUCAGCCGUCAUGUAGUAAGGAUAAAACCUCCCAUUGCACUAGAAAAUAAAAAUUGUAGAAGAAAAGAAACAAAAUACCAGGGAAAAAUGAAUUUCUUCGUAGUGCAUGUUAAAAAAAAAAUAUCUGGCUUCUUAGGAUAAGCUCAUUCUGGUCCUGGAAACUUUCAAAUUUUGGUACAUAUGCAAAAUUACAGGAACUGUUUCAUGUUAUGCGUAGUUUCGUGGUGCGUGCUUGCAGUGCACGGGAUUUGCACGCGCAUCAAGUGCGCGGUACUGUCGUGAAUCUUGGAUACAAGUCUAGCAUUUUAUCCGAGUGCUUAGGCAUUUUUAAUCGUAUCCAUUUACAACCUUGAUGUGUUAAGGCCCGGCAAGCGUCAAAUUGUGCUCUAAUUUAGAACAAGAUGUACACAUGCAGUUUGUAAAUUGAGUUUGUAUGUCGAACGUUGAGGAGCGUUUGUGUAAGCCAUCUCAGAGUUACGAUGACCACAUCGCGCUACCAGAGGUUAUUAGCAUUCCCAUAUUGCUGCUUCAAUAGUGCAUGUAGCACUAAUGCAUGUGAGUGAACUGUAGUACAUGCAGGAGGGUUUCAAUGGGGCUAGCCGUUAACCGUAAUAUAGCAAAAACAUUUUGCUGUUAGUCGUAAAAAUUGACGAAUUUCAACCGUUAGUCUUAACAUAACAUAACUUUUUAUUCAAAUUUUAAUGAAAGGUAAAAAGGAAACAAAAAAGGUUACCCCUUUCAAGUUUGUCUCCUAAAAUAAUUAAAAAUCACAGUAAAAUAGUUCAAAAUUUCCUAAAACAUUAGUAAAAUGGCAUCUGAGUCUGUUCUUGAAAAUGUUCAGAGUUUUUGCCUUUGCAACAUUUUAGGUAAAUUAUUCCAUUCAUUGACUAUAUUUGCACAGAAAGAAUACUUAAAACUGUUUAUCUUUGCGGGCAAUGAUUUAAGUUUAUGGUAAUGGUUGGUUCUUAAUGGUCGAAAAUCAUGUGCGAAUGUAAAAUACUCAAAUGGGUGUAGCCCGUUAAGACUGUUAGCCGUCUUAUAGCACUCGGUAAGCGAAGAAAAUAAUCUUCUCUGAUGUAGAGUUGGCCAUUUAAGGACCUUUAAGCGCUCUUCAUAAGACAUAUCUUGGCCAAUGUUUCUGAUUGCAUAGCUAGGUGUUCUGCGUUGUACUUUCUCUAAAAUAACCGAAUCCUUUUUGAGGUGUGGAGACCACACUGGAGAGCAGUACUGAAGUAUUGGACGUACUAAACUCGUGUACAAUUUCGAGAACAAUUCUGGGUUCCUGGGGCCCUUUGUUCGACCUAUAAAUCGGAGUACACUAUUUGCCUUGUUUUCAGGCUCCGUGAUAGAUUUGAUGUGAUGUGAAUUCUAAGAUCCUUAACGUUAGAUUACAAAGGGUUAACCAAGGAAAUUUUUCUUUUAAACUCCUGAACAAGAAAAAGUUAGCCCUAAUAUGGCCAAAAUUUUAGCCGUUAGCCGUAAAAGCCAUCACCCCAUUGAGGCCCUCAUGAAGCUCGUGCGUUAAGAAACUUUUGUAUUAAUGUUCCAUGUCAGAAAUGAUUGACAAGACAUGUUGGCGGUAUCUUUGAAUGGCAAAUGUAAAUUUGAACCCAAGCUUGUCCGUGAUCUUUCGCAGUUGAUGACAUUGACUCUUACGUUGUCUUUUAAGUAGUUCCUCAUUUUAAUAAAUUCUCUGAACAGAGAAUGUGACCUUAAGUACUAAACUAGUUUUAUGUCUUUUUGUGUCCUUCAUGAUAGCAUUGGAGAACGCCAUGUAUCUGACCAUCAGAUCAGGACUGGCGAAGUUUGAUGUCAGUUUACCCGAGGAACUCCAGAACUAUGUCAGUUACUUAUUAGAUGAGUCAGCCAAACUUCACUUACGUAAGCAAGGUACUUAACAUUGUUAAAAUAAGAUUGUAUUGGCUUUGAAAUAUAUGUCCAGUUAUUCAUAUUCGGUCGUAAGAUUAUUGAGAAAUACUGGGUUUAUGUAAUAGUCCAGAGAUUUUUUUUUUAAACCCAGAUUUGUGAUCUUGUGUUAGGUUUUUUUCAUUCUUAGUAGACCUGGUGUCUUUAUAUAGUCAUCAAAUGACCUGCGCGGUCUAAUGCCCGUUCUUAAUAAGAAAAAAAAAAGAUUUACAAAUAAACCCCUCUAUGAAGGCCGUGGGCGGUUGCGCUGGCAGGGGCAUUUAAAGCUGCAGGGCCAAGCGUGCAUCCAUGCGAGAAGAAAGUAGAAUGAGAAGAGUGGCGUUCAUGGAAUAAAAAUCUGAUUGACUGAGUAAGAUUAGGCCGGACCGACAUGACCCUUCUACUCAGUCCAUAAGUGCAUAGAAUUCUGAUGUUAAAGCUGGUCGCUUAUGUGGUGUAACUUUAGUACUUUAUGAUCGUAUUACCAAGAAAAAGACGUCUCUUUCAAUUCAUCAACACGAAUAGUUCGUUGUUAUGUUUGUAAAGUGAAAACAAUUUUUUUCUCUUGUGUUCUUGGAAAUGUUCUGAAACUUUAAAACCAGAUUUGGAAAAAAAAAACCAGCAACUUCUCUCGCAGACUGUAGAGUUUUAGAUUACUAGUUGAGGAAAAGAUAAUAUUAGAAUAAAACUUUAUGACAAUGAUUUACAACUUCGCAAAGGAUUGCUGACAUUUUAAGACUUCUUAGAAAAGAAAAAGACAUUUAUUGUUCAUACUGCCCGUCUCCUUGUUUUACCAACUGGUUUCCUUUGACUUGGGAUGAUUCAACAAUAAGUCGAAGCACGGAGACUCAAAAUUAUUUUUGUGUCCAAUUUGCUGAGGUAUUUUCUGUGCUUUGUCAGUUUUUAGACUAAAGCAAUGGUGUUUUUCGCUAAUGUUUUCAAGUAAAAAUUAAUAUUUCUUUUGUUUUAAUCCUUUAGUACUCCAACCACCUCGUGCCUUAGAGGAAUUACGAGAAGCAAUGGAUAAAGGCGAAUUGAAAACAUUCCUUACUAUUCACAUCAGAGAAGGUGCAUGGCAAGUGGUGCUGCUGUUUACGGAUGAGCUCCCUAAAUAUAAACUACCAUGGGACUGGUGUGGUAUAAUUCUUUUCAAGGACGAGGACGAGGAGGUAUCUAAUGAAGUGAUAUACAGUUCGACGUCAGGCAUAUUGAAUGGGUGGCCAACACAUUACGACCCUAGUUUGGUAACACUGUGUAAAGCGAUCACCAACAAGGACUGGAAAGUAACCAGAUUAAUUCUCUCAAGGAGUCGGAUACCUGAUGAAGGUUUGAAGAACUUGUGUACAGCGCUUACUCAGAGUGAACUUUACAGCUUGACACUGUAUGACAUUGGUUUACAAAGUCAAGGAUUAGAACACCUGUGUAACGCGCUUACCAGCGUUAACUGCAGAUUAACAAACUUAAAUGUCAGUAGCAAUCAGUUGGGAGACAACGGAUUGAAACACUUGUGUGAUGCAUUGACCAGCAGUAACUGUGCUUUAACCAAGUUAAUAGUCGGUUUUAAUAGAUUAGGAGAUGGAGGAAUAAAAGAAUUGUCCGAAGUUUUAACCAAAGGAUUCUGUACAUUAACAAGUUUAGACAUACGCGGCAAUGAAUUUGGAGAUGAAGGAAUCAAGCACUUGUGUAGGGCCUUGACUGAUACCAAAUGCAAACUACGGAGCUUAAACCUCCGGGCAAAUUCGUAUGUAACAGAUGAUGGAAAAAAAUAUUUGUCUCAAAUGUUAACUGGUACUGACUGGGAAGAUGAAGGAGCUCUACGACUUUCCCGUUCGACUACAAAGGAGACCAAGGAACAAGUCAGUGACACAGAGCCGUGACAGGUUCCUCCUGUUAUGUUUCGCUUGUCAUGAAAUAAAUUCCAUUUUUAUAAAUGACAACUUAAAGAUUAUUGUUCAAGGUGAUUAAUUCGAUGACUGACCUUCUAGUCACUAUCACUUGUUGAACAGAGUAUUAAAAUUGACCAGCAGUGAGGCAGUCGAAACAUCGCGAUCAAGAAUCAAGGAAAGACUCGGUAUCAUGACACAAAUGAUUAUUAAACGUUCAUUGUUGGAUAGACGAAUUUCACUGUUUAAAAAUUAGACUAUUAAUGCAACUGUAAUUUCGUAUAACAGAUCUGUUGGUAACAAUGUCAAAAUUUUGUAAAAAAUGUUUUGAGCUACAGGCAAUUGGUUAUACGGGUGAUAAAGCUGUAAUAAGAUGCCAAGAAUAUUGAAUGAUAUUUUGAUAACCUAUCUAAAGAAUAUCGUUGUCUACUAAAAGAAAACUUUGAAAAGACUACAUGAAUUAGUGACGUAUGAAUAAAAUAACAACAUAUUUUCUCGAUUUUUUUUAGGCUUUCAUAUUUUUUGUUAGUAGACUCCAAGAGUAUAAUGUUUAAGCUUCAUUUAAAUAUUUGGAAUGUUUUUUUCUGCCUUGUUCAUUUUCGAAGCUAAAUGUAGGCGUUGUAAAACCGAUUGUAUUCUCGUUCAAAUGAGUUUAUUUGGACUUUACCUCGUAAUUCAUUUACGCGAAGCUUUUUCUCUAACUCGUAAUUUUUUCAUCCUAGUUGAUGAUUUUAUGAAGAGCGGAGUUUUGUAAUACUCUUAAAUUACAUACGAAUGGUAGGAAAUUGUUUCAGGACGGGUUACGUAGUCUUAUUAAUGUAUAAUCCCUUUUUCAAUUUACCGGAAUAGUUCAGAAUGUAAUGUAGACGUAAUCUAAUCGAUAAUAUUUAAGUUAUUGUUCUAAAGUUCUCAACUCUCAGUAGAAAUCAUAUUUUACAUAUAUAUUUGACAUUUUUUAAAGGACCACACGGAACUGCGAAGUAUAUUAACCAAGGACAUUGAAUAUGUGAAAGGACUGCAGUUAAAUUUAAUAAAUGUGGUUUUGUUUCUUUACGAUAUCUUUUACUGAAUCCGUCA